AUGAGUGCCCCAACUGAAAGAACCCCCGAUUUAGCCAGAAAAAAAGUUGGAAAUACAAAAUUAUGGAAAAGGAAUCUUGCAUCAGAGAAAAGAUAUGCAGCUAAGAAACCACGGAGUUUUUCCGUAUGUCAACAUGAUACGAAAAGUUUUAAAUGCUCUUCCUUAUCUAAUCUUGACCUAACCCAUUUUCAUGCAAAAUUUUACAAGUCUCGCAACAAGAAGGAUCAAGAUGCAUAUAUCAUAAAAUACUGCACCAUAAAAGUUCCCAAAAGAAGGCGUCCAUCGAAAAAUAGGCGAGAUAGGAAUACAUCUAUCCACUACUUUAUUCCAAAGCAUAAAACAAAGGAUUUAAUUCCAGUUUGCAAGAAUACCUUCCUGAGGGCACUAAAUUUAAGUCAUAACAGAGUCAAUGGCGUGCUAAAACGUUUUCAUGCAACUGGGACUAUGCCUGUGGAAAAUCGCGGUGGUGACAGGGUGAAAAACAAAAAUUUACAUAAAAAAAAUAAAAUUAUAGACUUUAUUAAGACCUUUUCUAUAAUCGAGAGCCAUUAUUGUCGAGGUCACAGUUCCAGAGAAUAUCUUUCAAGCGAUUUAAGCAUUAAUAAAAUGUGGAAAAUGUUUAAUACGAAAUUUCCUGAGUAUGCAGUGAAAGAAAGUUUCUUUAGAGCAUUGUUUAAUACAAAAUUUAAUUAAGGAUUCAAUGCUCCCCAAACUGACGUAUGUUCAAGAUGUUUAGAACUUAAAUCUAGAAUUAAAAACACAAGAGAUUUAAAUCAGAAACAGGAAUUAAUGACGGAAAGUAGAAUCCAUAAGCUAAAAGCAAAAGCUUUUUUGAACUGCUGAAAGAAGAGAAGGCUGAGAUGCUAACCAUGUCAUACGACUGUCAAAAAAAUCUAGUGUUACCCAAGAUUCCUGACCAGCAGGCUUAUUACAAACGCCAGUUUUACAUGUAUAACUUCGCAAUCGUCGUUGGAACUUCUAAAUCUUUGUUAAAGAAAGACAAUGUUUUUUGUUACACAUGGAAAGAAACUGACAAAGCAAAAGGUUCAAACGAAAUUGCCUCUGCAGUUUUUGAUAGACUUCAGAAACUUAACUUAGAUAACGUAACAGAUCUAAGGCUUUGCUCCGAUGGAUGUGGGGGGCAAAAUAAAAACCUUACAAUGAUCACAAUGGUAUGUACGUGGCUCCAGCGUGCACCUACGCACGUAAAAUCUAUUGAAUUGGUAUUUCCAGUCACUGGUCAUUCAUAUAUUCCACCGGAUAGGGUAUUCGCUAAUAUCGAGAAAAAAAUUCGCAAAAAGGAUACCAUAAUAAAUCCCCAAGAAUACUUGGAUUUAUUUAGCG